CUCCUGUGCCAACGCCGGGAGACUCAGAGCACAUCCGGUUUUAGCAGAGCUGAGAAGCUCCUGAGUCGCGGGCCGAGAAGGUGUGCUGAGCAGACUUCGGAACCAUGAACAUAUUUGAUCGGAAGAUCAACUUUGAUGCCCUCUUAAAAUUUUCCCACAUAACUCCCUCGACACAGCAGCACCUAAAGAAGGUCUAUGCCAGCUUUGCACUCUGCAUGUUUGUGGCGGCGGCAGGGGCCUACGUCCAUGUGGUCACACAUUUCAUUCAGGCUGGCCUGCUCUCUGCCUUGGGCUCCUUGGGCUUGAUGAUCUGGCUGAUGGCGACACCUCAUAGUCGUGAAACUGAGCAAAAAAGAUUGGGCCUUCUUGUUGGCUUUGCUUUCCUCACAGGAAUUGGCCUGGGCCCUGCUUUGGAGCUGUGCAUUGCAAUCAACCCCAGCAUCCUCCCCACUGCCUUCGUGGGCACGGCCAUGGUCUUCACCUGCUUCAGCUUGAGCGCGCUCUACGCCAGGCGCCGGAGCUACCUGUUUUUGGGAGGCAUCUUGAUGUCAGCCAUGAGCCUCAUGUUCUUGUCCUCCCUGGGGAACCUUUUCUUUGGAUCCAUUUGGCUAUUCCAGGCAAACCUGUACAUGGGGCUGCUGGUCAUGUGUGGCUUUGUCCUUUUUGAUACUCAGCUCAUUAUUGAGAAGGCUGAAAACGGAGAUAAGGAUUACAUCUGGCACUGCGUUGACCUCUUCUUAGAUUUUGUUACACUCUUCAGGAAGCUCAUGCUGAUCCUGGCUUUGAAUGAGAAGGACAAGAAGAAAGAAAAGAAGUGAUUUGGGCCCCGGCCUCCCAGCUCGACUCCUCUCCCACCCUUCAUUUCUCUGCACACAUUACAGGUGUCGUGUUCUAUGAUAAUGAAAAGCAUCAGAAAAGCUUUUGUACUUUGUGGUUUUCUCUAUUUUGAAUUUUUUGAUCAAAAAACUGAUUAGUGAAUAUAGUUUGGAGUUUGGCUUCACAUUCCUGAGGUUUCCACGCUCCCUCUUCUGUCAACCUAUCCAUAGCCUAUUGCUCUGUUCAGGCAGCCAGUGCACCAAGAUGAGGAGCGAGGAGCAGACGCUGCCUUCCUGCCACGCCUCGCAGAUGGAUUCCUGGACUCCUGCCUUUGUGUUUGCUUUUCACAGUCCAGUGAGACUGGGCAGCGUGUUUUCCUUGAGAAGGCGCUCACCUGUCCUGUCAGCCUGCCAGAGGCUCUGGUGGGUGCUUUGCCGCCUCCUCUGCCUGAAUUGGUCUGGCAAAUGCCUUUCCGCCUUGCCAUGAUAAGGAGAAUGUGGAUUUGUGGGUGUUCCCUUUCCACCUCUGAGUGACCUGCUUUCCAUCUGUGGGGUGGGAGGGCGGCUGUUGUCAGGCACCCGUGAAGCGCUCUGAGCAUGUAUGGCAAGGGAGAGGUCACAAUUUUCAAGUGUCCCUAUUGGAUUAUUUUGUUGUUGGUUUUUUAAAUUAUUACCUUUGUUACUGAUUGGCUUCCACUAGGUGACUGUGGUUAAAUCUUGGGGAAGGAUAGGAAAGAGGAAUGAUUGAGCCUCAGGGCUAAUUGUACUAAAUCUUUUCAGAAAAACCUCUGUAAGGACUGCAGCAAGGGGCAAGUCUCCAGCAGCUGAGCACUUCCUUGCAGGGAGUCUUGACUGCUACUGAAGGUAGCUCUCCUGACUGCUCUUCAGUGCAUUUGUGUCUGUCUGCCUGGACACUGUUCGGGAGGCAGGCCAGAGAUUGGAGGCAGUAGGUAAUGUUCACCUACAGAUGCACUUUAGUUUGUUUGCUUUGUUGACCUGUUUCUAGAAAUUUGUUGGUCUAGGCAGAAGCCAGGUGACCAAACUAUGGCCACCAGUCUGCACAGAAGGGUUCCAUCAGGAGUUGCCGUGGCCCUGGCUACUUGUGGUUUCUAUUCAAAAGAACAAACCACUGAGAGCCCAUUACCAGCAGGAUGGCGCUUUUGACUUUCCCUGCUCACAGCCAGUACAGUUGAACACAGUGGCUCAUGGUUUACUGCCCCAUGACACUGCUUCUGCAGUGGUGUGCCCCAGAGUGGCCCAGCGCCACCGGGGUGCUGCCCUGUUUGCCUGCUGCCCUCUGCCCUGGCUUGGACAUCAGCCACUCUCCAGAACAGUGAUUCUCUGCAAGCCCUAAGGAGCUGACGUAGUUCCACCUCUUGAAGCCAGACUCCACCUCUUGUGCUUUCUUGCUUGGGAUAAAGAAAUUUUUCUUUAGAAACAGUGCCAAGAAUGAUAAGAUAUAAAACUACUUUUAAAGAAAAUGCCUAACAGGUUUUAAUACAGGUGUCAUGUCAUUUCCACUCUGUCCUAGUUCUUUGGUUUUCCAGCUCAGACUGCAUUCUCUAACUCAUACUGUGAAGACAAAGGUGUUUUUGAUUAAAAAAAAAUAUAUCUACAUAGUCUUAAUUUGUAAAAAAUAAAGAAAAUUCCUUAACCUUU